AUGGAACAGCAAAAUGAAAUUUACGAUUAUCUUCGUUCGGUGGACUGUUGCAGAUUGUGCUGCUUACGGUUUCUAAAGGGCACGAAAGAAGAAUUCAUCGACAUUGAUGCUGCUUUGCUCAAGCGUGGCCUAGAACCUGCCGUUCAAGAAAAUGGACAACAGCAGGUGAAACGACUAAAAGAAAAUGUUUGCAUUGCUUGUCUGGGGCUGUUCGACCUGGGCCGCAUUUCCACACUAGCUAGUGAAGUGCAGGAAAAUGCAAACUAUCAACAAUACCAGUGUGAAGCGGGAUUUCUCACCUCUAUCUCGUUACCGAUAGUUCUACAUCUGAGGCAGCUUGCACUGUGGUUCGACGUGUUAGACCGGUUUCCACAAGUAUUUUCCGCUGCCAAUGCUCCCGACAUAGCGGUAAAGGAUGCACUGAAGAUGAUUAUAAUACACCAGCUCGAACAAACACUCGGUAAACCAUUUUCCGUGGAUGGUGUGAUGAUAAAUGUACCGUACAGCUACGCCAUGGAACAGGAUGAGCUGGCCACACUAGAGCUAAUCAGUCCCAGUGUGUUUGCUAAAAGGAAAUCUAACAAGCACACCAAAAAGGAAUUUAUCUCUAGAAAUGCAUUUGAAAAACAUUUCACACCGGCUGCUAUAAAUACGGAUCGGUUUCGGAAACACUAUGCGGUACCUCCAGUUUCUACGGAGAACGUGGGAUUGGUGCGCGGAGAGCUCUCAUUUACCGGGCCAACCAUUUUUCUUGCUGGACGGUACAAUAAGUUUUCCCGCGAGCUUAGCCAGACGCCCUGGGUAAUCGAUGGCAAGCGUAAGAUGGAGGGUAGUGUGCAGGAAACGAUUGCUGCUAGCAUUGCGCCACAUUUCGGCGUUUCGGACGAACAGCUAAUCUUUUCCUCCAGCGGACGGGAAGAUGUCGAUGUGCGGUGCCUUGGGGAAGGCCGUCCAUUCGUGUUGGAGAUUCUCGAUGCAAAAACGGAUCAACUGUCCGAGGAAGUGGCGGUCGCGAUGGAGCAACAGGUAGGAACGUCAAACACGGUAGCGAUAAGAGAUAUCCAGCUAGUGAGGCGAGAAGAUCUGGUACAUAUAAGAGGUAGCGAAGAGGACAAACGGAAGUUUUACCGUGCCCUCUGCGUGACGGUGGAACCCGUGACGGAGGUGAUGGUGCAAAAGCUACGCAUAGACGAACCGUUCGUGUUGCAACAGGUUACACCAUUGAGGGUGCUGCACCGGAGAACACUACUGGCACGGCCCAGGACAGUGUACAGCGUGCGUGCGUUUGCUUGCCGUGGCAAUCCGCAUGCAAUGGUGGUUGACAUUGUUUCACAGGCCGGUACGUAUAUAAAAGAGCUGGUGCACAGUGAUUUUGGUCGCACGGGACCAAGCUUUCGAAGCAUCAUAGGGACGGCAAUCGAUAUACAUGCGCUCGAUGUGAUGGCGAUCGAUUUGGAUUGGCCUAAGAAACUGCGACGAUGA